CUCUUCCAUCACAGCAACUCCAAGCAAAAACAGAGUAUCUCAAAACAGAGUGUCCAAAACAAAGUAUCCAAACCAUCUCAGAAAGUACAGAAAAAUGAAGAUGCAAAUUGAACAAUCUCUCAUUUCCACCAUUUCAAUUCUUCUCCUAGCACUUUCCUUCUACCCCGUCACCAUUUCAGCUCAACUUUCACCAAUUCAACCCCCAACCACAUCUUCAUCUCCUCCAGCACCACCCUUACCACAACCCUCUCCACCAACUCCAGCAACCGCUUCUCCACCGGUUACAGCAACAGCCCCAGCUCCGGGAUUCAACACCGUCCCACUAGUUCCCGUAACCCCCAGCGGUGCUCCCACACCCGCCGCCGCCGCAAUCCCAAAAGGCCCCACCAUAGACAUCCUCCAAAUCCUGAGAAAAGCCAAGAGAUUCUCUGUUCUGCUUCGCCUCUUGAAGACAACACAGCUCAUCAACCAGCUGAACUCGCAGCUCGUGACCUCAGGCUCAGGUGGGUUAACCCUGUUCGCACCAGAGGACAGUGCAUUCUCCAAACUGAAACCUGGGUUCCUCAACUCCCUCAGUGACAGACAGAAAGUUGAACUCUUACAGUUCCACACGCUCGCUUCCUUCAUCGCCAUCUCCAACUUCGACACGCUCACAAACCCUGUUCAGACCCAAGCCGGUGAUGACGCGAGGCUUCAGCUCAACGUGACCAGCAUCGGCGGCAGCAGUGUCAGCAUGGCCACCGGCGCCGUCAACGCCUCCAUUACCGGCACUGUCUACGCCGACAACAAGCUCGCCGUGUAUCAGGUGGACAAGGUUCUCCUCCCUCUUGACCUUGUGCUUCCCGCCAAGGCUCCGGCGUUGGCGCCGGAGCUAGCUAAGAAAGGCUUGCCUAAGGCCGGGAAAGCAAAUUCGACGACGGCGGCAGAUGAUAGUAGUGCCGCCGGGGAUGAUGGUGGUGCUGAUGGAAAGGAUUUACCUGCGGAAGUUUCUGCAGGUGGCAGUGUGAGGUUCUUUAUUUGGGUGAAUGUUGUUGUUGUUGUUGGAGUGGGUUUGCUUGGUGGAGUCAUGGUAUGAGGUGGAAGUGAAUUUGGAUUGAGGGAUCCCAUGAUUUUUUUGAUGUGCUUUCUUUUGCUGGUUUUCUGAGUGAUUUUGUGUAAUGUUUUGAGCUUCUAGUAUGUGUGAAUAGUGUAGGGGGGAAAAACAUGCAUGCUGCAUUCUGGGUUUCUUUUACUAUUGUCAUUGUUUUUCAUUUUGAUUUGGUAACUUAUUGUAUAUGUUCAUCCCAUUGCGCAAUUAAACGGUUGAGAUUAUUGAAAA